AAAUUGUGGGGGAGAAAAUAGCUUGAAGAGGACGUAAUGGAGGAAUCUGCGGUGCUACCGAAUAUACGCAAUCGGGCAAGUGUUUGAAUUCAUGCUACUAUAGAAUUAGCUUGACGUCUCAUUGAAAGCCAAGUAGAUAACUGGAAGACAUUCAGCCAAAGCUGGCCAAAUCUUCAGAAAUUGAUGAAUAAGCCUUUUCCCCCUCUCACUCCCCCACCCUCACCCCCUUUCUGGGCACGGUGGUGGGUGAAACAGAAUUAUGCCUUUUAGCCAUUUGCAAAGAUGCUCAUGAUGUCAGAUUGCUCAGUGCCUUGUAAACUGCUGAGCCUAGGGUUGCCAUACGCCCGGAAUUUCCCUGACAUAUCCGGAAUACUGCAGCUGCAAGCAGUGUCCAGGCAAGAAUUGCUGAAAUGUCAGGAAAAAUCCAGGCGUAUGGCAGCCCGUGUCUUCUUUGCAAUUUUGCAAAAAAAAACAAAAAAACUCUGUCCGAAUUUUCACUUUUUGAAAUAUGGCACCCCUAGCUGAGCCUGUAUCUUUAGAGCUCAACAGGCAAUCAUAGCCAUGUCCUUCUCAAAAGCAAAUUCCCCUUGAGUUCCGUGAAGCUUCCUGCGAGAAAAGUGGCUAUAGGUUGCAGCCCUGAUUCUUAGUCACUUAGAAAGUCAUCAUAAGCAAGAAGUAAGUUUUUAAGAAAAGAAAGAAAAAAAGAAAAGAAUCACAAUUUAUCAUUUUAAAAUGUAUUGGGUCUUGCUUUUGGUCCAAUCAUGACUGAGCAGUUUUGCAGAAAACUCAACUCUGGUUUUGGGUGAAUUUUCUUCUGUAUUGGGGCAACUUGGCAAAACAGUUCUCUUCAUCUGUGUGCUUUAAUUUGACAUCUAAUUCUUCUUUCUCUUUGACCAUGGGUAUUGGCCUAGGUUACAACCGGACAAACCUGUUUUUUGAGCAUUCAUUCUGAUUCACUGGCGUAAUAUUUGUGAGGAAGUUAGAUGACACCAUCUAAUUGCUGAGCAUUCAUUUUGAUUUGCUGUUGAGGUGGUUAUACAAAGUUACCCCACACUUUUCAGCACAUUUCCCCCUCACUUUCCUUAUCACAAAAAGUCAUUUGAGCGAAGCAGUUGCACAAGGGCACCAAAUCAGCUGUAGUUGCACAGCCUGAGUUUGCCGAUGUGUGAUUUAAUCCUGACCCAAAAUAGCCCCUUAUCUAUGAUCCAGAGCUGACUCAGUCUUUACAAAGAGGGAAGUGAUUAUCGUAUAGUCUUGGUUCAAAGAACAGUAAACAAAAUAAAAAGUUGUACAAUAGAAAAUAUCUGUGAUAAAAGGCAUAGUUUGGGGGUGAUAAAAAAUCAUCCUCUUAAGAAACACGGAGAUCAAAUAUCUGGGUGUAUUUGUCACUCCUGCUAUUUUAGGGGAAGGGAACCAUUUUCAGUUCAAGAGGUCAUGAGGAACAUUUGGGGGGAUUGAAUGCCAGUGGAGAGGGGGCCCACCGACAAAAAUGUGCAGCUGGUUAUUUAAAGUCAGAGGUUUCCACACAAAAACACCCUUUCCACACCGGCAAGUAAGGAGAAUGAUGUCAGUUCAAGGUCACAUCCCAGCCAGGCUAAAAUCACCUGAGGAGGUCGUAGAGUGGGACCAGUCGGGGGGAAGGGGUAACCUGGUGAAGAGGUAUGGCCCUAGAGAGAGUCCUGAGGGCCAGAUAAGAGAGCCCUAGAGGGUUACAGUCAGUCCCUGGUCCAGAGGUUCCCCCCUUCUUGUGCUAUGUGAUUGGCUCAUCUGCUGACUGCCUGUGCCCUUGCUUUCCAAACAGAAAGAAUUCAACGAUCUACUAAAGAAUGCAGGACCCAAACUGGUGGUUGUCGACUUUUCAGCAAAAUGGUGCGGGCCUUGCAAAAUGAUCCGUCCUUUGGUUCACGUAAGUAAGUCUCGUGUUGCCGUCAUGGGCCCUUCCGCGGUGCAAGGAGAAAAUGUGGUUCCGUUGCUGUCCUGAUUUUGCUUUGCAACUGGGCCGAUUCUCCCUUGGAAUCGUUGAAGGCUGUCUUGCACCAGCUCACAUCUGUCUAACUUGGUGCUCUCCAGGGUCGCUGGUGCCUAAGUUCUUUCACAUCACCUCUUACCUGUUUCAUUUUAGCACUGGAGAUGACAGGGAUUGAAUCUGGAAUCUUCUUCUACCAGUGAGCUACGGUCCUUUGCUAUCUUCUGUACCUCAACAUGCUUCCCAUGUUGUCUCCAUGUUGCUUCCUUCAAACCUCUGCUCAGAACACACCUUUCCUAUGAAGUCUUUGGCUUAUCUCUGAAUCCUCAGCCCCAAACAAAAAAAGAAUUAGUUCCUCAUAUUCAUCCCUUGCCAACCUUGCCUCAACCUCUUAUCGUUCCAUCUAUUGUUUCAUUCUCCUCACCUCUCAGACUUUACACUGUGAGCUUCUUGGGAGAGAGAUUUCACCAGAACCUGCCAUAGCCCCUUCUCCUUGCUUCUCUCACAGCAAUAGUGUUUAUUUAAAUCCUGCCAUCAAGUCGAUGUUCUUUCUUUGUUUCUGCAAAUAUAUUAUAAAAGGUUCCCACUCUUUUUCAAAGUCACUGGUGUCCUUUUCUUGUAGCCUGUCCAUCAGUUUUGCCAGUUCUGAAUAAUUCAUCAAUUUCUCUUGCCAUUGUUCUUUUGUUGGAAUUUCUCCAGUCUUCCAGUUUUGUGCUAUCAGAAUUCUCACUGUCGUAGUAGCAUACAUAAUGUCCUCUUCUCUUUCAGCAGAUCUUGACCUAAAAUACCUAACAGGAAGGCUUCUGGUUGUUUAACAAAUGUUAUUUUAAACAUUUUCUUCAAUUCAUUGUAUAUCAUUUGUUAUUGCUUACUCUUUUAAGCAAAGGACUACCUUGGCACCAGGAAGACCUCUCAUUGGGUGAUGAGAUACCUACAGGCACUCGAGGGAUAAUAACGAAGUCAGAAAUAUAGGCAUCUGAUAUUGUGAAGCAGCCAAAUUGCAGUUUAGGUGGAGAGCAAGUUGCUAAUGUGUCUUCCCGGGAAAGUUCUAGAGAUUGCAACAAAGGGCUUUUAGCAAAGCACUUAAAAAGUGAAGGGAGAUAUGGCGUUUGCUUGUUAAUGAAUCAAAGUCAAAGGUCCUUGGGUGAUUCUGCUGAAUGAUUUAAAAGGCAGCUUCUAGAGAAGCAUGUUCAGUAAGUCAGCCAAACGUUGCUGCACAUCUUCCUGGCCAAAACUGUCAGUUAAAGGAUACAAACAGUGCCGGCUCAUUCCAUAGAUCCCCAAGUCAUUAAAAAGGCUGCCAAAACCCUCUUUAAACACAGACUCCUCAGAUGUCCCUAUUUUCCAGGGACAUUCCCAGAUUUACAGAAGCCAUCCCAGUUUCUGAUUUGAUCCCAGAAUGUCCUGCAUUUCCUUAAGAUGUCCCUAUUUUCAUCGGAGAAAUGUUGGCGGAUAUGGUAGGAUUUCCUGAUUUUCUUUGGAGAAAUGAUGGAGGGUAUGGAGUUAUCUGACCCCCGAGCCAUCUCAACGCAGCCCUGUAUAGGUGGAGGUUUUUUUAAUGCUUAAUGUUUUAUUAUGUUUUUAUAUAUGUUGGAAGCCACCCAGAGUGGCUGGGGCAACCCAAUCAGAUGGGCUCGGUAUAAACAUAUGAGAAAGUGGAUAACUCACUGCUGGAAGUGAAGCUACAGGGAACCAGGCAGAGGGCCUUCUUGGUAGUGGCACCCUCCUUGUGGAAUGCCCUCCCCUCAGAUGUCAAGGAGAUAAAGAACACAACUUUUAGAAGACAUCUGAAGGCAGCCCUGUAUCAGGAAGUUUCUGUUUGACGUCUUAUUAUGUUUUUAUAUGUGCUGGAAGCUGCCCAGAGUGGCUGAGACAAGCCAACCAGAUGGGCAAAUAAUAAUAAUAAUAAUAAUAAUAAUAAUAAUAAUAAUAAUACAGUCGGACAUCUCUAUUUCCAUCCCAGAAAUGUUGGUGGGCAUGUAAACACCAACAAUACAAGUCUAGCGUAAAGACUGGGGGUGCAAGCACAUGUUAUCUGUGACAUAGAGCUGCCACUUUAAAGCGAUAACUUUGUGUCGAGAUAUUUUGCUUCCCUCACCCGCCCACCCCUUACAAUAUAGGAUCCCUUACAUCCAUGUUGUGGGAACAUCAUGUUCUGAUGUUUCCCCCAACCCACCAGAGCAAAUUUAGGGGGCACGAGGGGCACACAAAGGGAUGAGAGGGAAGGAGUUGUGUCGCCUGCAACAGCGUAGUUGAAUUCUGCCAUUUGUUUUUUGUUUCAGUACCUUCUGCACUAUUAAAAGUCACGGGAGCCCUGAUCUCUUUUGCAAGAUUCUGGCACAAAGAGAUAUUCCAGAACUUAUCACUUUGCCCCUGAGCCAGUGAGAGAGAGGGAUCAAAACCAUCUUAGUCAACUUCCACUCACAAGGUCAUGUGGUGGUGGAAUGUCAGCUGCACUCGGGAAAGAGAAUUUCAUUAUAGAAUAACCUACAAAUGAUGCCUGUCCCCUCCAUGUGAAGAAUUACGAACUGUCUGCCUCUUGUUUUCACUCAUGCUCACUGUUUGGCUCAAGUGUCUGUCUCCCUGUAAGUGCCAUCCCAUCCAUUCUCAUUUGUUGCUUGGCAAUGCUCUUAAUCAAGCAAACACUAAUAAUGAAGGGUUUGAAUUAAAAUCUGUUUCCAUAAAAAAAAAUGUGAAUGACAAAAAUAACAGAUUGCCAAAUCAAAUUACAGGAAUUGGUGGAGACGGCUCAACUGACUAGUAAACUCAGAGGAAACUCAAAGCAAAAAUUUGCGGAAAAAUGGGAUGGUUAUAGAAGAUAUGUUCAAAAAUACAAUAAUAGUUUUGACUCCAUGCUAGCAUUCGAGUGAUAAAGGAACUAAAAGGAGGUGGACAACAAUUAAGGAUUUAUUAUGUUUUCAGAAUGUAUUAGAAAAAUUAUAUAGAAAGGUUUAUUGUUUUGUGUACAUUCAAAUGUAAGAUAAAAUAUAUGCAAAGGGACUUGACAGGAAGUCAAAGUUGAAGAAAAGAUUUUGGAAGAUAAAAGGGGAAAAAAUAUUUACUUUCAUUAUUAUCAUUUUGUGUGCGGGUGUGCUUGUGUGGGUGUCUGCACAUAUGUGUGUUGUUGUAUGCAAUGUUUGGGAGGAAAUAAGACGGUAAAUAACAAAUAACAAACUAAAUAUUGAUGUAUGUGAUUUUUAUUUCUUAAUUAUAUUUAGUGGUAGUAUGGCUGUAUUGUUUUUUGUAACAUAAAAUCAUUCAAUAAAAAUUAUUUUUUUUAAAAAAUGUGAACGACAAGAAUUCAUCUGUUUCAGACCUCAUAACUUCACAGUAUAUGAAGUUGUCACCAGAUGCAUAGGAUAAAAGGACUUCUGUGAUGUAGAUUAAAAGAGGUGGUAAUGCAAGACAUAUUCCAGAUAUGUGGGACUACUUCCUGGGCAAAGGAAACCUGAAAGCUCUUCUAAUGUUCCUGGGCUCCUACUUCCAUCAGUCCUUGCCACCAUGGUCAGUGGUCAGGGGUGAAUGGGAGUUGUUAUUGAGUCUCCAGCCUGGGCUCAACUUAUGAGCUCUCUAGGGUGCUCUUGAACCCUGAACUCUUGCCUUGCAUUGACCUACUUUGCUUCUUUGCUUUGUUCUGCUUGCUCAAAAUGGAACCUUUGCAUUCAGUUCAGAAACCCUCUACUGCCAAGGCUGUCCGUCGUGUACAACUGGGAAAUGUGGACUAGGGCUUUGGGUGGCCAGGUGACGAAGAGGACAAUGCUUCGGCACCUUUAGUAGAUGUAUAGAUUUGAAGGAGGUUCAGAAGAUGUAGGUGAAGGCUGCAGUGGUAAUCACAGGGCUUCGUUUGAGAGCGGAGGUUUUCAAGUUGUAUUCUGAGGAACUCACAUACACCGGAAAGCUCAUGCCAAAAUGAAACUCUUUCCUGUAAAGCUGUCACAAGAUUCUUUGUUCUAUUCGCCCGAAAGGCUCCCCAGAUGCAGUCCAGUCAAAGUUAGUCACUCGUGACUUAAGCCUUGUUGAAGUCAGUGUGGCUUGCCAUCAAGUAAAUAUAGCUAGGAUUGGGCUGAAUCUGAUUCAUGUCACCAACCAUAAAACCCAAGGGCCUUUCCAAUGGAAGCCAUGAAGAGUCUUGUGGCAUUCCAAAAAAAUGAAUUCCAAAGCAAGUGUUGUCAUUAAGAAGUUCAUUUGAAAUCAAUGUGGCUUACUCCUUCCAAGUAAACAUGAUUAAGAAUGAGCUGUGUCCCAUUCCACUCAGCAGCUCUUGAUACCAUCAGCCAAGAUACCUCCAGCCAUGGUAUCCUUCUGGAGGGUACCAUUUUCCAACUAGACUUAGUUGGGAAUAAUUUUCUGGAUGGUGUCUAUUGAGUGGAUGGCCCUGUGAGAAAAGGAGACCACUGAGAUUUACAGAGGCAGAAGACCUGGCUCGUUUCAAAAUCAAUUUCUGGUUAGUUAAUUAGGCACAUUGAGUCACUUGGGCUUCAAAUGAUUGCAUUGGAUCAAGGAGUGUCCCCAGACAAUUAACUUGCCUCUUCAGGAUGAGCGCAACUCUAUCCAAAAAAAGGCCAUUGCCCAAUUCCCACAUAUGAACUCUGGUCCACCAACAGCAUCUCCAUCUUCUCAGGAAUCAGCUUGUUUUGACACCUCACCACCUCCAGACAAAGGUCCAGAAUCUGUCCAGCCAUACCUGGUUCAGAUGAUGUAGAGACAGAGCAGAAAGUUAUCAGUCUGUCGACAAUACUGAGCCCCAAACUCUCAGAUGACUCAACCUAGGGGCUUCAUGUAGAUGCCAACUUUCUUGGGCGCAUGAAACUAACCAUAAUUACCUUGAAUUUCUGCUUAAUCUGCAAGAAAGAAGGGCAUUUUCGCUGGCCAGGUUUAGUUCAAAUCCAUCAAACCUCCUUUGGGGAAGGUUCUCAGGCAGGGUGGAAGGAGAAAGAACUUGCCCAUGUGAAGACCACCUGGUGGAAACCCUUACACAUAUGGUUCUCAGUUGUAAACUAUAUGCUGAUCUCCGCCAGCAAUUUCAAUAUCAACUCUGUAUCCCCAAAUGGAAACCAGAGUCAGAGGUCAUACAUUUUCUAUUACUGGGGAAUGAUCAAGAGCUCACCAAGUUAGUGGCAAAAUAUCUCUAUUUGGUUUUUUGUCGUUGAAAUACACUGCAGAUGUAUGAUCUCCCUGGAGACCUAGAGAUGUGACGAUAGACUGCUCUGCCUCCUUUCUUUUAGCAAAUGUUUUGUGCCACUGGGGAAGUGGUAAUUCUGUACUGAUUUGUUUUGAAUGUUGUAUGUGAUGCCAAUAAAAGGUUUGAUGAUGAUGAUGUAGAUGCCAACCAGCAUAGCAGACAAGAGGGAACCAUGUGGGGACCCCAUAGCACAGCUGCCAGGAAGCUGAGCAGAAGUCCCUCAGUGCCAUUUUCUGCAAGCAGUCCUGCGGGUAGGAGUCAACCACUGUGCCUGAGUCUCCACCUGCAGAGCCUCUUCAGAAGGAUACCAUGGCCGAUGGUCUCAAGCGCAGCUGAGUGUGCACUUCCCUAGGUUCUCUUAUGAUACAGGUCCUCAACCAGGGGGACUAAGGCCGUUUAAGUGCCAAACUGAGGCCUUUAGCCAGGUUGAAACGGGCGGAGAUCAGAGGUGGGAAACCGGAUUUGGUAGGCAGUGUGCCUUCAAGGCAGCUUUGCUCAGGGGAAGCAGUUUGGAUUGAAUCCAAACCACUUCCUCCAAAUGGAGAAGGCAAACUCCCUCAACUGCCCUAGGAUUAUUUGUGUGGCCAUUCCAGGGGGGCUCUCUGUCACCGCUAAUCAGAAAGCCCACCUUGCCAAGGAACCUUAAGCUCUCAGUUGUCCCAUACCUGUCCUCCACCUGAUGUCACAAAGAUCCAGCCUCUUCCCAGCCUCAGUUGAUUCAGAUGGCAUUGAGAUAGAGCGGAGUGUAAUCAGCCUGUUGACCAUACUGAGCUCCAAGCUCCUGGUGUCACAUCUGACAUCAGAUGUGAGGUUCUUGGAGGUGUCAGUUUGUGCUGUAGCCUAAUGCGUUUGCACAGCAAUGGGGAAAGAGAGGAUUGUCCCAGCUUCCUAGACUGCCCUUCUUGUUCUGAUCUGUGCUGAUAUCCCUUCGGUGUUAGCCUGAUACUCUUAGGGUUACUCGUUCCCUACUUCCCUUCCUUCUUCAUGCCUUCCUCUCAAGAGCAGACGUAUUUUGGACCUCUCUUCUCUCAAGAUGCAAGAGCAAGCAAGUCUUGUUGCAUCUCCACCUCCGUCAGAUAGAAUUAGGGAUCUCUCCUAUAAAACAUGUCGCGUUCCCCAACUCUGGCCUAGAUAGUCCCCUUCUUCCAUGUAUGCCUGAAGCUGUUCACCCUAAUACUUCCUCAACUCUUCAGUUUCUCUCUCAAAUAUAGGUGGUACAAUUUUAUACGAGGGCCUUCUGGCCUUCUGGCGGUUCCCUCACUGCGAGAAGCCAAGUUACAGGGAACCAGGCAGAGGGCCUUCUCGGUAGUGGUGCCUUCCCUGUGGAACGUCCUCCCACCAGAUGUCAAAGAGAACAACAACUACCAGACUUUUAGAAGACAUCUGAAGGCAGCCCUGCUUAGGGAAGCUUUUAAUGUUUGUUGUAUUAUAGUAUUUUAAUAUUUUUUUGGAAGCCGCCCAGAGUGGCUGGGGAAGCCCAGCCAGAUGGGCGGGGUAUAAAUAAUAAAUUAUUAUUAUUAUUGUUGUUGUUGUUGUUGUUGUUGUUAUACAGCAGAUAUAGGAGGUGCCUUACAUAUAUAUAUGAUAUCAAUGUGGAAUUAUCUCUCAAACUGAAGGGCUUUUGAGCUAAAAAAAAUGUAGUGGUGUUUUCAGGCCAGAAUAUUCCUCUGUGCCUGCUAACUAAUAGAUUUGUUUAAUUUUGUUCUGUAGGAGUUGGCUGUUCGGUAUGCAAAUGUGCUAUUCUGCAUUGUUGAUGUGGACUUGGCAGAGGUAAGCUACUAAAACCAGAUGACGUCGAGAAUUUCUGUUAGAGUGUAACUACAAAGCAAGACUUUCUAGAUCAGGCCAGGGGUUUAUUUAGUCUGGUACAGUAUUGUUUUCAACAGGAGACUUUAAAACAGGGGUGGGUAACCUUUUUCUGCAAUAAAGGCUCCCCUCUGGCAGGGGGUAUGUAAUCAUUUUCAUAAUUAAAACCCCCAACACAACAACUAUGUGACUUUUUUUUUUAACUGAUGGAUGACAGCUUUAUACCCCUAGUUAUCAUUAGACCACGUACACUUAGAAACUUAGCUGUAAAAGGCAGAAGGCAGGAAAAUUAAACAAAUAAGACUGGGGAAUGAAAUGCCAACCUUAAUUAUUUAGCUCUCUCUUUUUUCCCCAAGCAUGUAUGGAGAAGCAUAAAUGCAGUUUUGAAAUCUCUGAGCAGGAAUAAAGUUACAAUUGUCCAUCUAUAUAGCCUACCAUUGUAUCUCAGACUCAAAAAGAUUCCAAACUGCCUAUUUCCACCGAUGUGCAGGCUUUCAGCAGCUGUUCACAUGAUCCCCCCCCCCAAAAAAGUGUGCAUUCAUAGAUCAUGUCAAGUCUGAUUUGGCCCUUAGACUGUAAGCUCUCUGGGGCAGGAAUUUGUUUCUCUCUCUCUUAUACAGUGGUGCCUUGGUUUAAGAACAGCUUAGUUUAUGAACAACUUGGAUUAAGAACGCUGCAAACCCGGAAGUAGGUGUUUUGGUUUGUGAACUUUGCCUUGGAAUAAGAACAUGUUCCGCUUCCUGUUGAGUGUGUUCCAUUUGUAAAUUGAGUUUCCCGCUAAUCAGAGGCUUCCAGUUGAGUCUGUCAGCUGUUGAGUCCCGAGCAUUCACACAACACAGAGGUGAUAUUUGGAGCUUUUGCCUUUGCUAUUUUUUUGCGUUUUUGUUUGUGUGGCUUUUUUCAUUUUUUUUGACAGUGACUUGUUCUUCAUUUUAUGGACUGACUUGUGACUGUGGCUCGUUUUUGUGGACUGUGGCUUGUGACUUCAUUUUUGUGUCUUGUUUUUGUGACUGUGUGGAACCCAGUUCAGCUACUAGUUGAUUGUGUGACUGCAGAAAUUGAUAAAAGCCCCCCAUCCAAACAAUGACUAUCAUCAGUGCAUAUAAGAAAAUAAUAAUAAUUAUAAUUUUAAUCAUCUACAAUACUGUCUUAUUUAUUUUAUAGUACAGUACAUUGAUUAUUGCCUUCAUUUUAUGGAUUAAUGGUCUCGUUAGAUAGUAAAAUUCAUGUUAAAUUGCUGUUUUAGGGGUUGUUUGUCAUCGUCUGGAACGGAUUAAUCCAUUUUCCAUUACUUUCUAUGAGAAAGCACACCUUGGUUUAAGAACACUUUGGUUUAAGAACAGACUUCCGGAACAGAUUAUGUUCGUAAACCGAGGUACCACUGUAUUUUGUAAAGUGCAGCGCAUAUAAUAACAGUGGAUGAGGGUGAGAGUUGAGAGAAAAGGAUGCUGGGAAGAGUACCAGCCGGGGGAACCAAAUGGCAUCAAAUGGUAUCUGAACAAUUCGAAUGUUUAGCAAGAAGAGUUCCUGUUUCGUUUAGGCAAUCUGCUCAGAUGCAAUACUUCCAAAUGGAGUAUCAAAAUUUAGGAAAUGUGUGGUGCAGCACUGAUAGAUAUGGUAUAAAACACCAUACUUUGCUUUCUCCGGCAUUCUCGUUAGAGAUACUUACAGAAUGUCUAGCGUAUUUUAAUUAGCUCCUUGACCAUAUGGCAUAUUGUUCAACCUCUCAUCCCCAGGAUGUGGCUGACCUUUGCAAUAUCGUCGCCAUGCCAACAUUCCAGUUCUACAUGAAAGGAGAAAAGGUAUUUGUGGCCUAGAAACAUGGUUUAGUGCUCUGAAUUCUGGCCAGGGCUACCCCUAAUCUGCCAGAUUCUGCCCUGGAAUGAGCCAUUCUGGGAAGGGGGCUACCAAAGAAAUCCAGUCACAAAUCACCUAAUGGGUGGCAAAUCCCUGUGGGACCCCUUGCUUCUCCCAAAUUCCUGGAGCUUCGAUUGCUUUCAUUUAUUUAUUUUUUUAUUUCGGUCCUAGAUUUUUGAAAUCACCGGAGCUCGUCCCAAAAAACUGGAAGAGAAGAUUAAAGAGUUGAUGUGAUCAUUGGAGAAAGCUCCCAUGUUAUCAACAUAUAUGCCAGUAGAAUAAAAUACCCAAGGGCCC